AUGCUCAAUGUUCGUAAGACCGAUCGCGAUCAAACGGUCAAGGCUUUGGUCAUGUACACAGCUGCAGGUCCCAGAGCUAAAGUCAGGAAACUAGGCUCACGUCUUCGAACCGUCACAAGAAUGUUAAUGACAAUGGUUUGCUGCUAUCUUGCUGCCAACAUUAUCGACGUCAUUGUCGCUUUCUGGGAGACAAUCGACAUAAAAUCCCUUUAUGCUAAUGAAGGCUUCUACACAGUGACAACGGACAUAUCGUCCUUUUUAACAAUUCUGGCUUGUUCUCUGCGUCCCCCGAUUUGUGUCAUCAAUGAUAAGCAGAUAAGAACUGCGGUAUGUUGA